AUGAACGCCACACUUCUUCAUUCAUUAUUUGUUGGAACUCCACUCGGCUUACCUCAGUCAUUCAGCAAAUACUACUUACCUGACCCUGGAGAUGAAUGUCAAUUGUCAACCACAACAUCAAAGCAAAGUAGAAUAUAUUCGAUUAUAAACAACCUUGAUGGAAGGAAGGUUGACAGCUUUUCGCAAGAAGUAAGAGAACAUGUGAGACUGGGGCAAACUAUAAGUGAGACUGUUAUAGGGAAGUUGAGUCUAGGUGCUCGAAUUCUUCAAGUUGGUGGAGUGAAGAAAGUCUUCAACCAUUUCUUCACUGUGGGAAAAGGGGAGAAACUGUUGAAAGCUUCACAGUGCUAUCUGUCAACCACAUCAGGUCCUUUAGCAGGUCUCCUCUUCAUUUCCACAGACAAGGUUUCCUUUUGCAGUGAGAGAUCAAUCAAAGUCUUUUCUAGUAAAGGCGAAAUGUGCAGGUUCCGUUACAAGGUUUCGAUUCCCCUGAAGAGGAUUAAGUACGUGAACCCAAGUAGAAAUGUUGAGAAGCCAGCGCAGAAAUAUUUAGAGAUAGUUACAGAAGACAAUUUUGAGUUUUGGUUUAUGGGUUUCUUAAAAUAUCAGAAAACUAUCAGCUAUCUUGAGCAGGCAAUUUCUCAAGUUAAAGCCACCCAGAGUGGCUAA